UGAGUGACGUGCGGCCGCCAUCUUUCUGUCCCGGGCAGCCAGCGCCAGUCGGAGCCAGCGCGAGCCGCCGCCGCCGCCAUCGCUGCCGCUGCCAAGUCCUCCGCCCGCUGCCCCCGCCAUGUCGGCCACCGCUGCCACCGCCCCCCCUGCCGCCCCGGCUGGGGAGGGAGGCCCCCCUGCACCACCUCCAAACCUCACCAGUAACAGGAGACUGCAGCAGACCCAGGCCCAGGUGGAUGAGGUGGUGGACAUCAUGAGGGUGAACGUGGACAAGGUCCUGGAGCGGGACCAGAAGCUGUCGGAGCUGGACGACCGUGCAGACGCACUCCAAGCAGGGGCCUCCCAGUUUGAAACAAGUGCAGCCAAGCUCAAGCGCAAAUACUGGUGGAAAAACCUCAAGAUGAUGAUCAUCUUGGGAGUGAUUUGCGCCAUCAUCCUCAUUAUCAUCAUCGUUUACUUCAGCUCUUAAACCCCUGAGGAGCCUGCCCUGCCCAGAGAAGGGCCUCUCCCCCCCACCCCCAGCUGCUCCUCCACCUCUCAGCCAUAUCUUCCAGCCCCACCUCCCCGGAUCCAUGUGUGUGUGUCGUGUGUGUGCCCCCUUGUAAAUAGCCAGCUGUUAUUUAUACAUAUAUAAUAUUAUAUAUAUUUGGUCUGUUUGUAGUUUUA